GUGCAAGUGCUACUGAAAUGCAAAUCUCUGCACUUCCGGUAAGGGUCUGGACACAGUGUGGAAGGCGGGGCUGGGAACUUCUCUGGUGUGUCCCCUCAGCACAGUCUAAUCCUAAUGGGGGUGCUCUUGUCACUCAAGGCUCACUGGCCAAUCAGGACCUCCAGGAGAACCUGCCAGUCAGAAGAGGAGGCGGGCUCUUCCUGGCAAGAGAAUACAGUGACCUAUGAUGAUGUGCAUAUGAACUUCACGCAAGAAGAAUGGGCUUUGCUGGAUUUUUCUCAGAAGACUCUCUACAAAGAUGUGAUGCUGGAGACCAUUAGGAACCUAACAGUUAUAGGCUACAGUUGGGAAGACCAAAAUACUGAAGAAAAUUGUCAAUGUUGUAGAAGACAUGGAAGGGAUGAGAGAAGUCAUAAUGGAGGGAAAGCCUCUGAAUUUACUCUGUGUGAUAAAGCUUUUGCAUGUUGCAGUUAUCCUCAAAGGCAUGAAAGAAUUCAUACUGGAGAGAAACCCUGUGAAGCUAAUCAAUAUGGUAAAGUCCUUACAGAACACAGUGAUCUCCGAAAACAUAACAGAACACAUACUGGAGAGAAGCCCUACAAAUGUAAUGAAUGUUGCAAAGCCUUUGCCUAUCAUAGUUUUCUUCAAAGACAUAACAGAACACAUACUGGAGAGAAACCUUACAAAUGUUAUCAAUGUGGUAAAGCCUAUGCAUAUCACAGUAGUCUUCAAGACCAUAAAAGAUCACAUACUGGUGAGACACCCUAUGAGUGUGAUCAAUGUGGUAAAGCCUUUACACGUUAUACUGGUCUCAAAUAUCAUAAAAGAACACAUACUGGAGAGAAACCCUAUGAAUGUAAUCAAUGUGGUAAAGCCUUUGCAUUUCAUACUAGUCUCCAAGUUCAUAAAAGAGCACAUACUGGAGAGAAACCCUAUGAAUGUAAUCAAUGUGGUAAAGCCUUUACACGUCAAGAUGUUCUUCAAGAUCAUAAAAGAAUACAUACUGGAGAGAAGCCCUAUGGAUGUAAUCAAUGUGGUAAAGCUUUUACACGUCAACAAGCUCUUCAAGAUCAUAAAAGAAUACAUACUGGAGAGAAGCCCUAUGGAUGUAAUCAGUGUUGUAAAGCCUUUGCAUUUCAUACUAGUCUCCAAGUUCAUAAAAGAAUACAUACUGGCGAGAAGCCCUAUGGAUGUAAUCAGUGUGGUAAGGCCUUUACACGUCAAGAUGUUCUUCAAGAUCAUAAAAGAAUACAUACUGGAGAGAAGCCCUAUGGAUGUAACCAAUGUGGUAAAGCCUUUACACGAAAAAAAGCUCUUCAAGAUCAUAAAAGAAUUCAUACUGGAGAGAAACCCUUUGGAUGCAACUCGUGGGGUUAAUCCUUUGGAUUUCACAGUAGACUUUGAAUACACAAAAAUACAUACUGGAGAGAAGCCCUAUGAAUGUCAUCAAUGUGGUAACUCCUUUUCAUAACCAAGUAAUUGCUAAAAACAUAAAAGAAUGCAUACUGGAGAGAAGCCUUACAAAUAUAAUGAGUUUGAUGAAUACUUUUCACAACACCAUAAUCUCCAAAUACAUAAAACACAUACUGGAAAGAAACUUUAUGAGUGUUAAGCAACAUGGUGAAUCCUUUGCCUUUCAUGUUCAACUUCAAAUGUAUGAAAUAAUUCACAUUGAAGAGACUCCUUCUAAAUGUAAUUAAUUUGGUAAAGCCUUUGCAUUACAUGAUUAUCUUCAAAGACAUAAAAGAACACAUAGUGAAGAAAAUCCCUAUGAAUACAGUCAACUUGGUAAAGUCUUUGCAGUAGUCUCUGAAUACAUAAAAGAACAUAUACUGGAUAGAAAUCCUAUGAAUGUAACCAGUGUGGUAAAGUCUUUGUGGGUUACAAUGAUCUUUGAAUAUACAUGUCCAAUGGGAAAUUGGCAAUAUUAGGAAAUGUGGAUUUGUUUGAGGUAUUGUAUCAAUGUUUGGGUAAACUUUGAGGUCUUGUGCUUAAGCCCCACCCAGGGCAGAAGAAAGUCCUCUGGCUGCCUUCUAAUCAUGAUAUAUAACUCUCUCCUCUUGUAGCACUGGACACUUCCAUGCUUCCUGCCUUCAUGAUAAUAGACCAAAUCUGUGAAUCUGCAAGGCAUCCCCAAUUAAAUAUUGUCUUUUAUAA